CACCCUGUAAACUAUUCUCUUUCUCAUCGGAGCAAGCGGACGAAUUAAAACAUCGCUAUGGUAUGAAGGUUUUGUGAGAAAUUUCUUCAUAAGCUUAUCGCGUUCUUGCUGCUUCGGAUUUACCCUCAAUCUCAGUUCUCACUCUAAACAACCGACCGUAAAUGCUCGCCCGUACACAAAUUCUUAGCUAAAUUUAUUUAUAUUUUUCUCCUCAAAGCUCACAAUGAGUACCUCAAGAGAAGAAUCUCCAGAUUGGCUUCGUUCUUUCAAGGCACCUAGUCCUGUAUCAUUAUCGUCGGAUUCAGAGCCCCCUUCAAAUGAUAGUGAUGAGGACGGAGUGAGUCUCGGGAAAUUGUUUUCCAAAGAUAAAUCCAAUACAGUUGAGACUAAAAACAAUUUGGAUGGGAAUGACUCGUUGGUUUACACGCCUUCUAAAAAAAAGUCUCCUGCUAAGAAGGCAAGAGUGGAGCAUACACCAGGUGGAAAGAGGAAGAGAGAAAGUCAACCUGAAAAUCAAGGAAAAGAUGCUAAGAGAAAAGCUACAGAGAAGCUUAUUUCACAUGAGGAACCUAAACAUUCAGUCUGGAGUCUCUCAUCUGACCCCAUGUCUUGUCCUGAUACCAGUCCUGUAAGAAAGGGCCAUAUCCUUGAUAAAGACUUAAUUGCACAUAAUGAAGCUCAAGAGAUGAAAUCUGAAGGAACAAAAGAUCCAGAUUUCCUUGACAGUGAUGGAGAACCUGUCCCCACCGAGGAUUUGAAGAUGAAAUCUCCGAAAAAACAAUCUGAAAAAGACAACCACACGCCAAAAAAGAGGAAGAAAGUAGAAAAGACUACAAAUGAGGGUAAGGAAGCGAUUAAUGACCUGAAAGUAGAAAAGACUACAAAUGAGGAUGCAGAGAAUAAAGCUAAUGCUGAUGUCCUAGAGGAAGAUAUUCCAGAGAAGCAUAAUGGAACACAUGUUUCAUAUUCAAGACUCCCUUUGUUACUUCCUGAGAAAGUGCAAAGGUUAAAGGCACUUGUGGAGUGUGAUGGUGAUUCCAUAGAUUUGAGUGGUGAUGUGGGCGCUGUUGGGCGGGUUGUAAUCUCAGAUAAUCCAUCUGGAAGCAAUGAAAUGCUUUUGGAUCUAAAAGGAACCAUAUACAAAACGACAAUAGUUCCUUCCAGGACAUUCUGUGUGGUAAGCUUUGGUCAAUCAGAAGCAAAGAUUGAAGCCAUCAUGAAUGACUUCAUCCAUUUGACGCCACAAUCAAAUGUUUAUGAAGCUGAAACAAUGGUUGAAGGAACUCUUGAUGGAUUUUCAUUUGAUUCGGAAGAGGAGGCUGACAAUUUGCCCAAAAAGACUGCUGAAGGCAAUCAAAAUGAAGCCAUUGAGGAUGAAACAAAUGGAAAAACAGAACGAAAAGCUAAAAAAUCAUUAGGGGGUGAGCAAAAGAAGGGCAAAACUGGAGGGGGCAAGCAACCAAAGAAAGCAAAAAAGAAACCUCAAGUCACAAAGAAAAACAAGAAAAAAUGAGAAGGGAGCCCAAGCUUGAUAGAAACUGCUCUUGGUGCAACUUAAACUUCUAAUGAAGCCCCUAUCAUCUCUAUUCUUUGUGAAUUUGAUUACAAUUGUGCAUGCAUACACAGAAUUGAAUGUGUAAAAAAAAAAUCUCUAUAUAUGUAUCAUAUUCACGUAAUUGAAAUCAUUACGAAUACUUUUUAUUAUGAAUGCCUAUAUGUUCAUGGAUUGAUUUACAUA